AUGAACGAAGAUAAACUAGUUUUACAAGAGGGAAACGAAAUGAGAAUGAAAGCCUGUAAUUUGACCAAAAUGAGAAGCGAUAAAGCUCAUCGAUUAAAUCGGUUAAUAGUUGAUAUAACAGAUGAACAAGCUGAGGAUUCCGAUAUUGGCGGAGACUCUGAGGCUGAAGAUGAGUUGUUUGGUUAUUCGUCUUCAAGAUCAACCCCAUCCAUUAGAUUAUCAGGCUUAAUAGAUAGACGAAAGAGAGACUUCGGAGUUAAGAAAAGUUUAAGAGGAAUAGACACAAAUUCAAUUAAGGACAGUCAAGAAUCAGCAAUAGAUGAAGAGCGAAGUAACGGCCAAGUGAGCCAAGCCAACAUUGAAAAUAGCAAAGCAAAUAAUAUUGACAACUGCUGCAAUGACAAUAGUGAUAACAGAGAAGGCGUUUCAAAUUCUGAAAAUUGUUCAUCAUGA